AUGGUUGCGCUCGUGGGUCUGCCGGCAGAGGAGUUGAUCAAGCGCAGUCCGGUGAACUGGGUGUUCUGGGAUGAGCAGGCUUCUCUCAGUCCCCUGUUCCCUCCAAUCCACUUGCGCAAUAAUUUCUCAAAAACUGGAAACAGCUGGAGUGCGAUAUGA